CCGGCACGCCCAUCCAAACGUACGUUCCGUGACACCUUCAACCUUAGUUAUCAUCAUGGGUAUCCUGAGUACGCCUCCUGCUAGUGACCUCAAUCCUCGUAGUGCUGCGUCCGAGUUUUUUGGAGUGGUUGGAACUUGCGCAUGCACCACUCUUGUCCCAUCUGUAAUCUACGCAUUGUACUUUGUUUGCAACGAACAUUCUGGGGGAUGCCCGCCCCCUCUCACCGUCCUUCCUAUCUACGCUCAUAACGCGCUAACUGACCCAUCGUGGUGGAGGAGCCUAUGGGAUACUCAAGCAUUCCUUGUUUACUUGGCGUGGCUCGCUUAUAACAUUCUUGCAUGGUGGAUACUCCCUGGUGACUGGGUAGAGGGAACACAAAUCAGGAAUGGGACGAAGAAGCGUUAUAAGAUUAACGCCUUUUCCACCCUCCUUCUCACCCUUGGAAUUGUUACGGGAACCAUAGUUCGUGGAGGUCCUGAGUCCUUUACAUGGAUCUAUGAGCAUUGGAUUGGCCUUGUAACGGCGUCCGUUAUCUACUCCUUUCUUCAGGCGAUCGUCCUGUAUGUCGUCUCUUUCCGUGAAGGAUCAUUAUUGGCUCUAGGAGGUAACUCGGAGAGUCACAUCUAUAAUUUCUGGAUCGGCCGUGAAUUAAACCCAUCCAUUUGUUCAUUUGACUUGAAAUCGUUCUUCGAACUCCGACCCGGUUUGAUUGGGUGGGUACUCGUCGACAUCAGUAUGGCGUGCGAGCAAGCUGUUCGUAACGGGGGCACCAUCACUGACUCAAUGGCUCUCGUUGUACUCUUCCAAACCGCCUACGUUUUUGACGCGCUUUAUAACGAGCCGGCCAUAUUUACCACCAUGGACAUAGUUACUGAUGGUUUUGGAUUCAUGUUGACAGUUGGGGAUCUUGCUUGGGUGCCGUUCACAUAUUCACUUCAAGCUCGAUUCCUCGCAUUCAAUCCUGUGAACCUCGGCCCAAUUUGGACCCCGUUAAUUUUCACGUUACAAGCUAUUGGGUACUGGAUUUUUCGAGCAAGCAAUAGUGAGAAAGACGGGUUCAGGAUGGGCAGGAACCCCAAAAAUCUCACCUUCAUGACAACCGAGAGAGGUUCGAAACUUUUGAUCUCUGGAUGGUGGGGAUGGUUGCAGCAUCCCAAUUAUCUUGGUGACCUAAUCAUGACCUUUUCUUGGUGCGCCGCAACUGGCCUCAAAUCCCCAAUACCCUAUUUCCAGAUUACAUACUUUCUCAUUCUACUUCUCCACCGCCAAGCUAGGGACGAGGAAGACUGCCGAAAGAAAUAUGGACGGGACUGGACCAUUUACACUAAUUUGGUACCAUACCGUAUCUUCCCUUACGUCUAUUGAUGGAGACCCACAUUUGACAUUUUUUGGCGGUUCAGCUACCAUUGCCCUAACCAUGGAUCCAGGCUAUGUAUAAUGCAAUCCCUCGUCCCUGUUCGCGAAUAACUUGGAACCCCUGUGCAAGGCCUCUAGGGGAGAAUUCAUGUAUCUACUUCAAUAAUUACACAUCAUUUAUAUCCUAUCUUUGGCGACAUUU